AUGGACCCCCCAGUGGACCCCCAUCAUCCCCGCGGUAGACAUGCUAGGCACUGCGAACUCACAGGAUGGGCGGGUGGGGGCUUAGUUGCACCCAAAGUCGAGGCUAGAGAACAACCCCAGGCGGAGGCGAGGAAAAACUCGGGCCCUCGUUCUUCCGUCCAAGUUGCAAAAUCCCACUUGAGUCUACUCCUCAAUUUGCCCACUCCCACUUAUCACGCUCCAGACGCCGAGAAGAGAGAUACCGUCGUCGUCAGCUAUUCACUCCUUCGUCCUCGCCCUCUGAGCGAUUGGACGGUCUCAAAGCCAUUCAUCGCAGUACAAUUUAAGAUGCGCCCUGGCAGCUCAGAACAUGCGCCCUCGAACCGGACACGUGCGGUCAAAGCAUGCAAACGCUGUAACCAGAAAAGAAUCAAGUGUGACGCGUUCGAAUGUGGAACUCCUUGCUCCAAGUGUCGACAGAGCAACAGCGAGGAAUGCGUUCUGAUACAGUCCAGGCGAGGCACACAUCCUCGCAAAAGGUCCAAGCCCAAUCCCCCUGUACCAGAGCCCAUGGAAGCCUCUGCUGGAGUCGAAGCUGACACGAGCGCCGACGCCAUCUCCACGCCCGCUGUGUCAGAAGCGACAGCACAUCGGCCCCUUCGUGAUCCGACUCCUGCAAACGGAUCGCCCCUCCCCCAUGAAGCAACUCACAGCAUCGGUGUCGGCAGUCAAGCGCCUCCCGCCGCUGCCCCAAAUGGUAUUCCAGUGUCGGCAUCGACUACUUCCAGCACGGAUCUGGCCUCUCCAGAAGGAGCAUUCUCGGAGGCCAGUGCAAAGUCAUAUCGUGAAAUUUCCUGGGCGGCCAUGUUCGACCAUUUCCUCGACGGGCGACGACGGGACCAGAAGGACACGAUAGACAAAUGCUCCAUCACCUACCUAGGGGAGUCAUUUCCACUGGCCAUGGUGCUCGAAGAAUUCAAAGAAGGAGGAAGACCGCGCCUCCAUCAUGCUGGUCCGCCGCUCACAGAGGAUCAGGCAAGGGCUGAACCUACGAGUGAAAAUCACCCUUCGCAUAUGCUGCCCGAGGAUAUCGCUUUUCUUCAAGCCAAGGAUGCUUUUGUCGCCCCCUCGCAGGAAAUCCUCGACGCCUUAAUUGCAAAUUUCCUGGACCGAGUAUGGCCUAUCUAUCCCGUGGUUAACCGACAAGAGUUUCUUCAGCAGUACAAAGCCAAGAAGGUUCCGUGGAUUCUACUACAUGCGCUUUGUUUCAUCUCGGCCACCUUUUGCCCCCUUGCCAUCCUGCACCGUGCUGGAUUUACUGGACGGAAGCAAGCUAGAGUCUCGUAUUAUCGCAAGGCCAAAGCGUUGUUUGACACCGGCUACGAAUCUAACAAGAUCACUAUCCUACAGAGCGUUAUCGUUCUGACGUGCUGGGGAGGAGGACCCAACAAUUACUGGAACUUUUACAGUUGGAUCUCUACCGGGGUCACGAUUGCGGAAGGCCUGGGUAUUCACCGAUCCAUCGCGGGAGCAAAUAUGCAUCCUCACGACCGGAGUCUGCUGAAAAGGCUCUGGUGGAUUCUGGUCAUCCGAGAUGCUUCAUGUGGUACUCUCGUGGGACGCCCCUUCCGCAUCAACACCAAUCAUUCCGACACCGAGAUGCUGACGGUCGAAGACUUCGAGUAUGACAUUCAAAGCCCGGAUUUUGUCAACCAUCCUCUCCGCGACGUCUGCGGUCUCUAUCAGAUUCAUAUGUCCAAGCUAUCUCUACUCUUGAGAGAGAUCAUCUCGACGAGAUUCGAUCCGAACCGCGCCCAGGCUCGAAUGGCCAACCUCCACGACACGUUACAAGAAUGGCGAAACGCACUUCCUCCUAGUUUACGCUGCUCGGAGAGCGAUAAGAAUUCGAACCCGUUUGCUACAUGCCUCGCCAUACUCUAUGACCACCAUCUAAUCUUGAGUCACUUGAGCCGGCCCUCAACCGGGGUGACUUCCACAGCUAGCGAAAGUGGAUCUCUUAGAGGAAACUCAACCUCGCGCCCCAUUACCGAGGUGGCCGCACAGCGCAUUUCUUCUCUUGCUUGCACUUUCACACGUAAGAACGAAUCUCUUGUCAUGCCGCACGAAGUCUUCCAAGGCCUCUUUCUCGCACAGGCCGUCUUUUACACCCAAAUGAAGAGCCCGCUACCACUAGUAUCUCAGCUAGGGUUCCAGGCCCUGAAUAGCUGUCAAAUGGUAUGGCACGACAUCUAUGAAGCAUGGGACCCCGCGCCCUGGAUCUCCAAACUAUUUGACAACUUGAUCGGGAACCGGAAUCAAGACAUGGAGUCGGACGAAGUAGAUCUCCGGAUUAAUAAUGUGUCUGCCAACGGGGGCACUUCCGUGGGCAACGGCGUGGACCUGGACGGAAUCAACGGCUACGUCAACUGGCAAAACCACCCGACUCUGGGCUUCUUCGACAUGUCCCAGGGCGAGGAGACGUUUCCGUCGUCGACAGAUUAUGCCAUGUUCCCAAACUACUUCGGGACGGCAGAGCCAAUAUCGUUUCUAUCUUGA